GCAUCGAACACUGCCAGAGUUAAAAGUGCCGUUCAAAAAUUUGAAAACGAAAUUCAAAUUAUUCUUAUAUAGAAACAGUUGGACAAUAUAAUGGCAGGCGACAAAAUUCUUCGCCAUCUGGCCAUUGCCACCAUGUUAGAGGGUUGUAUUCUCGUGUUAAUGCAGUUGGCUGUUCUUAUUACUCUGCACGACUGGGUCGAUUGGAUUUGCAUCGGCUUCUGGGGUGGUGGUCUGAUGAUCAUGGCCGGCAUGUGGGCUCUUCAAAGAAGUCAAAAGAAAAUGAUUACAACAUCAGCUCUAGCCAUGAUCGGCGGACUUUGCCUGGUGGGAUUUUAUUCGUGGCACGUCUCCACUGUCGAUUGUAGCGAAAUCGAUGACAGAAACCAAAAUCAAUCGAGGAAAAGCCAAUGGGAAGGAGAUUCCGAUCUAUGUGACUGGCGAUUGGCUUCCGACAUCAUGUUCAUCAUUUUAGGAUUGGUGGCCAUCGGAAUCAACAUGUUCAUGGCGGUUAGAGGCUCGACAUUGGCCGGUGCUCAUUCCAGACGCAGUUCUAAUUCAUCGCAUUCCGGCCACCAUCAUAAUCACCACCCUCCUGCUCCGGUGGUUCAUCCGGUUCCUGUUGUCCAUCACCACACGACUUACGUGACUCCCGAAGCCACUUAUUCCAUCCCUUAUAACCCCCAUCAGCAGCAGCAGCAACAGGUGAUGCCCGCAGGCUACCCUCAUCCUCAGCAGCAGCCAGCGCUUUAUCCGGUUUAUCCGUCCCAACACCAGAAUCCCCAUCAACCGGCUUACAAUCCAGGAUAUCCGGCGCCGGGAGCACCUCCUUAUUACAAGGAUUAGCAUAUGAUAUUAUUGUGAAAAGAUUUGUUUCUUAUGCAAAUGCAAAUGAUGUCCUGUAUCAUACUUUUUUUAAUGUCUCUAAAUAAUUAAAAUAUUCAAUGAA